GGUCCUCCAAGAAAAAGAAAAUAUUCCCCUAGUGUAGUUUAAUUAACAAUGAACACAGUUGGAAGAACAAGAUCUAAGAUGGGAAAUAAUAAAGUAAAAUCUCCUCAUGUACUCAUUUUCCCCUUACCAUUGCAAGGUCCAGUUAAUUGUAUGCUCAAACUAGCUGAGCUUUUGGCUAUUAAUGGACUCCAUGUCACCUUCCUCAACACAGACUACAUCCAGAACUGCCUGCUCAAGCACACCCAUGUCCAAUCUCGGUUUGAAAAUUAUCCUGGAUUUCGUUUUGAAACCAUCCCAGAUGGCCUGCACCAACACCAUCCGCGGACGGCUGAUAAGUUUGUGGAUAUUACUAAUGGUAUAGAGGAAGUAAUGAGGCCACUUUUCAUAGAGAUGUUGACCAAUGGAAACCUCAGUUCUAAGUCAACCAAGCCGGUGUCUUUCAUAAUAUCAGAUGGGUUUUACAGUUUUGCUGCUGAUCUAGCUAAGGAUGCUGGGAUUCCACUUGUGUAUUUUCCGACAAUCAGCCCUUGUGCUCAAUGGGCCUUUUUCUGUCUCCCAAGGCUCAUUGACUUAGCAGAGGUUCCUUUCAAAGAGGAGGAUUAUGAUAGAAAGGUUUCUGGGGUACCAGGGGCCGAAAAUUUUCUCAGGCAGCGUGAUCUCCCCAGCUAUUUCCGGAACACUGAUCUUAACCAUCCUAUUAUUCAGUGUAUUCUAAAAGAAAUUCAACAAAUUCCAAGGUCUCAAGGACUGAUACUUAACUCAUCAGAACUCAUAGACGGGCCAAUGAUAUCCCAGAUAAGCACUCUCUGUCCAAACAUUUAUAACAUAGGUCCUCUCCAUUCACUCCACAAGUCUAUUCUCCUUUCAACACAAAAAGCCUCAUCACAUAUCAAUUCCUCAAAUAGCCUGUGGGAAGAUGACAAAAGCUGCAUGACCUGGCUAGACGCCCAACCGCAAAAAUCAGUUAUUUAUAUUAGCAUUGGAAGUCUUGCAGUCAUGACAGUGGACCAGCUCAAGGAGUUGUGGCAUGGUAUAGUGAAUAGUGGAAAACGAUUUUUAUGGGCCUUGCGACCUGGAUCAAUUGCUGGAGAGGAUGAUAAAUAUGCAAUUCCGCCAGAACUUUCAGAAGCUACAAAAGAGAGGGGCUGUAUUGUGAGUUGGGUUUUCCAAGAGGAAGUUUUAGCACACCCUGCUAUAGGAUUAUUUUUGACUCACAGUGGCUGGAACUCAACUCUGGAGAGUUUAGUUGAGGGAGUGCCAAUGAUUUGUUGGCCAUAUUUUGUGGACCAACAAGUGAAUAGUAGGCUUGUACAAGAAGUAUGGAGGGUUGGCAUUGACUUGAAAGACAGUUGUGAUAGAGUUACAUUCGAAAAGGCAGUGAGGGAAAUUAUGGAGGAUAAGAAAGAUGAGUUUGAGAGUUCAGCUUCCAAGAUUGCCAAGCUUGCACAUCAAAGUGUUGCUGAUCAAGGUGGAUCAGCCCGUUAUAAUUUUAAUCGCUUGGUUGAAGACAUUAGAGAGAUGACACAGAGGACACCAGCUCAUGACUAGCUGCUAAAUAUGUGUACUAAUUCCAUUGUAUGGUAAUAUCAUUUUAAACCAUCAACUUGUACUGAAGAUUUCAGAAUCUGAUAUUUUUCUAUUGGUUUCCUUCUUGGGAAUAUUCUCAAUCUUUACUUUGUAA